AGGUGCUCAGUGGUCGGCCCUCACCUGCCUGCGGCUAGCUCUGUUGCCUCGGCUCUGGGCGCGCAGCCGGCGCCUGGCCUCAGUCCGAGGCUGCCAGCUGCCAUAGUCGCCCCGGGGAAGGACGCGGUGCCCGUGGAGUCCCGCUGCCCCCAGCGGCGGGGGCCAAGGCGGCCAGCGCAAUGAGCAGCAUCGAGAUCCCCGCGGGGCUCACGGAGCUGCUGCAGAGCUUCACGGUAGAGGUGCUGAGGCACCAGCCCGGGGACCUGCUGGAGUUCGCCCUGCAGCACUUCACCCGCCUUCAGCAGGAGAACCGGCAUAAGGGAGGCCCUGGCGCUGGUGACCUAGCUGGAGCUACUGGGGGCGGCACCCCCAGCCGAGGGGUUAACUUUGCAGAAGAGCCAGUGCAAACCGAGCCCGAGAACGGGGAGGAGGAGGACGAAGAGGAGGAAUCCGGGGACGCAGGAGCAUUCAAUGCUCCUGUGAUAAACCGGUUUACUAGACGUGCAUCAGUAUGUGCAGAAGCUUACAAUCCAGAUGAAGAAGAAGAUGAUGCAGAAUCCAGGAUUAUACACCCGAAGACAGAUGAUCAAAGAAAUAGGUUGCAGGAGGCUUGCAAAGACAUCCUUCUUUUUAAGAACCUAGAUCCGGAGCAGAUGUCUCAAGUACUAGAUGCCAUGUUUGAAAAGCUGGUAAAAGAAGGAGAGCAUGUAAUUGAUCAAGGGGAUGAUGGUGACAACUUUUAUGUAAUUGACAGGGGCACCUAUGAUAUUUAUGUAAAAUGUGAUGGUGUUGGAAGAUGUGUUGGUAACUAUGAUAAUCGUGGAAGCUUUGGUGAAUUGGCCUUAAUGUACAAUACACCCAGAGCAGCUACAAUCACUGCUACCUCUCCUGGUGCUCUUUGGGGUUUGGACAGGGUAACCUUCCGGAGGAUAAUUGUAAAAAACAAUGCCAAAAAAAGAAAAAUGUAUGAAAGUUUUAUCGAGUCACUCCCAUUUCUUAAAUCUCUAGAAGUCGCAGAACGUCUGAAAGUGGUUGAUGUGAUAGGCACCAAAGUAUACAAAGAUGGAGAACAGAUUAUUGCUCAGGGAGAUUCAGCUGAUUCUUUUUUCAUUAUAGAAUCUGGAGAAGUGAAAAUAUCUAUGAAAAGGAAGAAUAAACAGGAAGUCGAAGAGAAUGGUGCCAUUGAAAUUGCCCGAUAUUCCAGAGGGCAGUAUUUUGGAGAGCUCGCCCUGGUAACAAACAAGCCCCGAGCAGCUUCAGCUCAUGCCAUUGGAACUGUCAAAUGUUUAGCCAUGGACGUACAAGCAUUUGAAAGGCUUUUGGGACCCUGCAUGGAAAUUAUGAAAAGGAACAUUGCAAACUAUGAAGAACAGUUAGUUGCUUUAUUUGGAACAAAUAUGGACAUUGUUGAUUCCACAGCAUGAAGGAUAAAUAUCAUUUGACAAGAGCUAAUAUCACAGAACAGCACAGUAGUGGUUGUCCACUGAAAACAUGUCUAUAUUUGUUGUAGAUGCCGAGCAUUUCCUAUGAUUUCAAAUUUUAUUUUGCUUUUUUUACAUAACACUAUAAUGUAUCAGUAAACAAAAUAGUGAUUUCAUAGAUAAUAGAUUUUAUCUACAAUUCAGAAAGAAUGGAUUUUAAGAAAUCAUUAUGUUGGUUAAAUUAGUUUCUACAAAAUUAUUAAGAUUUGCUGAAAAGUUUGUUAUAAUGAUAGUGGCAUCUUAGAAAUAUUAGUGCAUACAAAGUUAGUAAAAUAUUCAUAGUUCUGGGGAUAUAAAAAUGGGUUCAUUCUGGUGGAUUCAAAUUAUUAUGCCUAAGUCAAAAAGAAACUUGGAAGCUGAAAUACUUAUAAAGCAUGACAUUACAUUCUUUUUAAAAAGCCUAUGUAUGAUGUGUCUGUUUUCAUCCUUUUUAUUUUCUGGCUUGAUGCAGCAUAAAACUUCACAUGCAGUGUUAAGGCCUAAUAUAUUUUUGCAAUAAAUUACAUUUUGCCUAAUUUGGCAUAGUGUCAAUAACAUUCCACUGGUUUAAGAACUGGUAAUCCAAACAUUUUUUAGUAAGGAAAAAAAAAGCCUUUUUUAGAUGACAAGUAAUUGUCACAUUUUUUCUAAGCAAUCUUUUUCUUCCUUCCUUUUUGUUUUAUAAUUUACAAUUCCUACUAUUUUUCACUUUUUAAAAAAAUUUAAGUCUUGUUUUAGACUUUAAUGUCCAGCUUUUCACAGCAGAUUUUGGUCAUUUUUUAUUUCUAUCAAAUUUCUAAUCAAAUAAUUCCAAAUUUCUAGAUCACAAAAUAACUAUUGGUAUGAUCCAUAGUAAUAAAUAAAUACUAAAUAAAGUCACAGUUUGAGACCUAUUGGUAAAAGAGAAGAAAACUCUCUUGAACUUUAAACUUAUAUAUUAAAAGUAACAUUUUGUGUUCUAGAUCCCAGUAAUCUUUUAGUCACUGUAAAAUAUUUCCUAUAGCAAAAUUAAUCUGAGGUCAGUCUACUCUAAUAAAGAAUUAUUAUUUCUAUAUCCUUAGGCUAGGUUUACCUAAGAUGAAUCUUUCCAACAUAUAAACCAAAAUGAUUCUUUCUUCUCUUAGAUUAACUAUGGUUUCUGUCUAUAAUGUAAUAUGACAGAGAAGAACUUUAUCAAUUAAUAGCUAGUCACAAGGUUCUUGUCAGAAAAAACUAACAUCAGGAUGGCAGAAUUAAAAUUAUGAAAAACAACAACAAAGGAGUAAGAAUGAGAACAAAAACAUUAAAUGUGUGAAACUGGUUUGUAAGCUUAGCCCCAGCUCUCCAUAUAUAUCAUUAUGCCACCACUUUAUUUUGUUUUGGUAAGGGCACUUACUUAAACAAUGAGCUAAAUAUAAAUCAUUAAUUUAUUACCAAAAGUAAAGGAAUAUUAUUCUUGUUUAAUGUUUCUACUGUUCUAAUUUGGAAAGAAGUUAGUUUGUAGGAUAUUAGGUUUAGAGUUGAAAGGGAUUUAAAGAUCACACAAAGAGGGAAAGUAAGCCUUAGAGAGGUCAAGUGAUUUGCCAAAGUCUCAUAAGUUGUUAACUGACAAAGGUAGCAUUCAAAUUCAGAUUCUUUGGAGCAGCUAGAGAGUGCAGUGGAUAGAGUGCUGACUCUGAAGUCAGGAGGACCUGAGUUCAUAUCCAGCAUCAGAGGCUUAAUACUUCCUAGCAGUGUGACCCUGGGCAAGUUAUUUGACUCCAACUGCCUCAGCCAAAAAAAAAAAAAAAAAAAAAAAUUCAGAUUCUUUGACCAGAACUUGAUCUACUUCACAAAAUGUGCCCUCUUCACUUUAGUAAGAAAUGUCUUUGUCGUAUCAUUCAUUAACAAUAUUCAUCUUAACAAGCCAUGUGUUUGCACUAAGAUUAAAAAUAAAUGAAUGUUUUUUUUUUUUUUCCUGGAAACAAGUUUUUAACUUCGAUGUAGAUGAGGUUAAAUAUUCUUUAUUUGCCAUGUUCUGUUUGGAAAAUUUUUUCAUCCCCAUUUGAAUAUGAAACUGGUUAGAAAACAAUGUACCUAUCUGAAGUUGUAUAUAAAACAUAAUUAAAGUAUAACUUCAGCCAAAUUUUAAAUGUAUUAACUUUUUUUAUACAUGCUACCUUGUAGGGGAAAAAAAUGUUACAUGAUGACAAUUUGUUAGCCUUUGUAUUUCAGAUUUUAUUUUAAAAUGCUGUGUCUUAUAUAAGGAAAAAAACACUAAUUAACCAGAAUUUUCAGUUCCUCAUUCUGUAUGCUUACUUCCAAAUAAGUUAUCAGUUCUCUUGCACUAGUUUAUUGUUAAUUAUUCAUAGAAUAAUUUUAAAAAUACAUGUACAACAAAGAAUUCUGAUCAAGGUUGUAAAUGCCAGUCACAAUAUUUUCAGUAUUGUUGGUUAUAUUUAAAGUUUCCUUAUAAUAAAUCACUUUUAUAAUAAAUUA